AUGCAGCGCCGCAACUCGGUGGCUGCAGCGUGCGCGUACGCGGAUGUCAAGACGACGCUGAACACGAGCGUCCUCGCCGCUGACGCCAACUGCGCCGGCGCGCCCGCCAGCGUUUGCUACGUCAACAUCAACUGCGUGCAGGCGCCCGUCUCGGCCAACCUCACCGACGACCUGGUCGAGUUUCACCACAUUGCAGCGCUUGGGAACCUCUCGCGCUUCCAGCCCUCGACACUGUCGAUCGUCGAGUCGGAUGCGACCAUCAGCCUCGCGCAUUUCGUCCCGCCGCCAGCGAUGACCAGCCUGUACGAGCCCUUACCGACUUGA